UAGGCUCAAGUCAAUGGCUGAUACAGAUUUUAUCUCCAUUUAUAACCUAUUAUUGCAUUUCUUCUCCAUUAUCUGUUGUUUUAGACAUGUUCUCUUUGUAUUUGUAUGAUUGUGAACUUGAAAACAAUAUGCUUCACACGUUACAUUGGUGGUUUUUGGUUUUGUUGAGAGUUUCUUGUAGGGGGUGGGGGUGUACUACAGCCACUAACCAGGAUUGUUUGAGUUACAGCAGCAAGAAAAAUGUGGUUUCAUUUGUCUGCAGUCUCCGGAAACACACGACCAGCACAAAAUGAGCUCAUGAAGAGGAAGAGCUGCUAUGCCUUCAACAGUACUGUUGUUCUGCUCUUUACUGGGGUUUUAUUCACGGUGACCAUAGCAGGUCAGUUUUCUGCUCCUUUCAGCCAGGCUGCAUAUGAUGAAGAUCAGAUCAUAAGUAAAAACCUUAAAAUAUUCAAGUCAUUCUCCCCAUCGAAUGGAAGACAUUAUUAUUGAGACCAUAGUGGUUUUCGGGAUGGCCUUUGUUGUGUUCAUCUCCUGCUGCCUGAGUAAAAGCAUGAGAAAACUUCAUCUACAUAUGGUGCGAAGAAUUACAGUCAUGACUGCACAAUGCCAUUCACAGGGGAGUCAGUACUCACCUUACCCGGCUAAUAACCUUCACCCCGUUUAUGGAUUGCAACCCAUUCCGAAUGGACCAACUCUGGGACAACAAUAUGCCCCGGGACCACCAUCUACAUAUCUGGAGGCUGUGUUUGCAUGACGUUGAUUACAGAAAGGAUGAAAAAAAGUACAACAGGUUCUUUAGACGCCCACGAGCUGAUCUGGUAACACUGUGGGCAUCAAGAGAAGGUAGUUGAAGAGGAAGAACUGUGCGAUGGCAUCCACUUUAGCGGUUCUUCUGCUCCUGUCUGCGGGUUUAUUCACGGUAACAGUCGGUUUUGGUGAUGACUGUAGGGGCUACUUCACCAGAAAUAACGAGUACAAGCCUUCGAUUGACUGCGGGUUUUGGGAGCACUGCUGUGGCACCUGUGAUAACAGAUUCUGCUGCUUCUAUAGUGAUCCGAUGUUAUCCGCGUUUAAGCAAAACCUGUGCACUAUAAACAUUGGUAUUGCCAUUGGCUUAUCAGUUGUGGGGGUUGUGGUCCUCAUCAUCUUGUUUAUCAUCUGCUGCUGCUGCCCCUGCUGCUGUAUCUAUCGAAUGUGCAGAAAACCCAGACCUGUGGUACAAACACAUGUAACUACAGUCAUGAAUCCUCAAUCCAUUCAGAUGCAGCCUGUAAUGCAGGGAGGCCAGUACCCACAAUACCAACCAGUGCUGACUCAACCAGGUUACGGAGGUCAGCCUAUGCAGACAGAACCAUAUCAGGAACAGUCAAAUGCACCUGGACCCCCACCCUCGUAUGACAUGGCCAUGAGUCCUGGAUAUCCCACUAUUCAGGGUGCAUAUGACGGAGACCAGGCCAUGUAUCCCAUGCAGCCGCCUGCCCAGCCGGAUAAGCUUUCAUAGACAUCGAAUCAGCCGGCCUACAACCCCGCCUACAUGCUGCCACCAAACACUGGUUCCUAAACCGCAACCGUCUGUCAAAUCACUCAUUGCUGGAUUGUGGAGUUUGACGCACUUUCGCAAGGCAGUAAGAAUGUGCAUUAUACAAAACUAUUUGAUGUACUAAGGUCAGGGUUAUUACCGUUUUUAAUUUUAGUUAUUUUGUUUUAUUACUUUCAAUUUCUUUCAGUUUAGUUUUCACUUUGUGACACACAGGAAAAUUGAAUUUUGGAAUUGUAAAUAAAACAAAGAUUAUUAUAGAAAAUUUUACAUGAAAAUACAAUUUCAAUCUUUCUACAAGCAAUUUUUUAAAAUGCCGUUUUAGUUUUUAUUAGUGUUUUCUGCCUUCAGUAUUAAUUAUUCUAGUAUACACUGAUAAACAAUAUAAAAUUGAAUAUACUAAAAAAACUAAAAUAUAAAAUAUAACUUGCCAUUUUUAUUUUAAUAAUUUUUUUUAGUUAAUAUUCUUUAGUUACAGCUUAUGUAAUUCUGUUAUUGAGUUUUCAUAUUAAGUUUCAUUAUGUAGACCACAUAUAGAUGUUUAGUUUUUUCCCUACAUUUCAAAUGGCAGGAACUGUGAUUCCAUUUAAAGAAAGUGUCAAGUUUUCCAUUUUGAGUUUUUUUUCCUUUGUUGGUCUAAAAUGCAACCGCAUUUAACGUAAGUGUCUUAAUAUUAAAUUCUUGUUUAUUGAACUGCAGUGUAAAAUCAGUAUUACAUUUGUGUGAUACUGAUUAACUAUAUGAAAUUAAAUAAAUAUAUACAUUUCUACCCCCAUAUCUUGAAUUUUCUGAUCAUUCUAAAUGCAUUUGAAUAAACUGAAUCAUGCAGUGAAAGAACACGCACCGGUGUAACUACUAGACUUCCUAUUGCCUUAGCUAACUUUAGUUAACUAACAUGGUAGUUCUCUCAUGAGUCAUCGAUGUUAGCAAGACAAAUUAACUAUUUUUGUCUUUUGGAUAAUUAGCUGUA